AUGUGCACCGCCACGCUUCCUACUGAAACUACGUCUCCCAGGCUGCCCCUCCAUCGGGAGGGGUGCUUGGGGGAGACGGGGGCAGCCGCCAGCCCCCGGGCCCAGCCGACCCCGGCAUCCUACGGUAAAGCGCGGGGGCGGGACGGGGGACGGGAAACUUUGCGGAAGGGCCCUGCGCGAUGCGGGUCGGGGGGCGGGCUGCGGGAGAGCGAGGGGCCUCUGGGAAACUCCGGUGGGAAAGGGGCGGAGGGAAGAGGUCUUGGCAGGAUGGAGCCAGGGGAGAAGCAGCCCAAGGAUUUCAGAAGUGUCACGCUGCUGGGCAAAAGAUGUCCCCCAAAGAAGAUUGGCAUUACAGGCCUAAUUGUGAAGCACCUCCAGAAGACCUUCCAGAGGCCCAUUGCUUUACAGCUCUCUUCUCCCAUGGCUCUCUCUCAGUGCUGUGCAGGCUCUUGUCCAAACUUGGCGAUGAGUAAAAGUGAAGGGCACGAAGAGAAGGGUGGGGAUGUGGUGUCCAUAGUGAUGCAGCCCGGCAGCACACACCAGUCACUCUGCUCAGGGCCAUCAGGAAGAGAAGACCACCGGUGCAGCGAAUCAGCACCCCAGGGCUGGCAGAGGUGUCUGCAGGUCCAGAUAGAAGAAGCAGAGAGUAGAGGGGCAGCCCACAACCUGGGGUCUCUGGCACAGGCAUCCCAUUCUUGUGCCCUCAGAUCUAGUCCCACCCCUGCUCCUCCUCUGCUUUGUCCAGCAGACGCUACUUCCAAGGCCAAACUCUCCAAUUGCUUCUCCAUCUUCUCACCAUUGUCGCAGAGCUCCAAGCCUGAUUCCAGCCCCCUGCCUUAUGCCAACUCCAACAAGUCCCUUAGGGGGAGCUGGAAGAAGAACCUGCAUCCUGAGGAGCCCACCAGUCCGAAACCGGGAGAUCCUGCAUGUUCCCCUUUCACGGGGCCCAUCAUCACUCGGAUAACUGAUGGCAUCUACCUGGGUAACCUCAACGCUGCCUACAGUGGGCGGGCACUGUGCACCAACAGCAUUGACAGCAUCAUUGACAUGAGCAGCCUGCCCAGUGACUGCAGCCUGAGCAUCAUACCCUGCACGUGCCGACGGGGAGAGUUCAGGCACAGCUGGUCACGCCUCAAGGUCGAUAUCCAGCCUCUGCUUCAUGGGGAUUGUCACAAAAAGGGGCAGCCCUGCUUCCGGGACAUCAAUGAGUGCAUUGAAGCCUCACUGGAGAAAGGGAAGCGUGUCCUCAUCCACUGCAGGGAUGGUUACUCUCUAGGUCCUACUUGUGUCAUUCAGUACCUCAUGGUCAAGCACAGCAUGAGGCUGCUGGCAGCCUAUGAGUUCGUGAGGGCACGGUACCCCCUGAACAUCCAGGAGUGUCAUCAGGACCUGCUGGUGGGCUUGGAGAUGUCCCUGCAGCCUGGGGCUAUCAACAUCACAUGUCUGAAGCACUCGCUUUCAAGGAAGAUGGCGUGGAGCUAAAUGGACAGGGUGGCUGUGUUGUUUUGUCAGCAGCCUUAAAGAGGAAAAGCCAAAAGCCUUAACUCCAUCUCCUGGGUGAAUGAGGUGACUGUAGCUGUGGGUAUGUAGGACAACACUAGCACAAGAUGCAAAGGCAAUGCCCUUAUUUUGUUCCUAGAGGCUGGUGCCAGCAGAAGUAGAGCGUGGGGAGCUCUUUUAGGGAUACACUGGAGGGAGAGGGAGAGCUCUGGGCAGGACAGGAGCCAUGUGCUUUGCUUUGGUCUGAUGGGAUUUUGGGAAAGCAAAGGGAAGUCAGACACUGGUUUGCUCAGUGGUCCUGCCUCGGCUUUUACCAUGAGCUCAGCUGCUGCUGAGUAGAAGGCUUGUUUUUUUGCUAACAGUGUCAUCCUUGGAAGUAAGACGUAAUGUCACCUGGUGUCGUAUCACUCCAUAGUGCCUGUCCACUUGAUGCUUGUAGGAUGGUGAAGAGGAGGGAAGGUGUAAGGGUGUAGGAGAUGGCCAUGAGGGAGAGCUUGCAUGGAUCUAUCAGCCUAGUCCUGCCAACAUGUGGUGGUUCCCUGGAGAAGCCUAGCCUGUCCCAGAAGUGCCACAUCUGAGUCUCUCUAAAGCACAGGGCAGAACCUCCUGUACAUGCCAAGUCUUUCCUCUCUCUGUCCUCGUGGGAUGGUGAAAGUGCUGUGGGAAUGGUGGGGCAGAGUCAUGGCACAUUCCUCUAGCGUGAGUGGAGGAGAACGAGGGCAGGGAACAAGGUCAUCUGCUUCACAGGAGAGGUACCCAAGUGUGAACAGUGUGUUCACUCCCAGGCCCUGUGCUUGAUACUUCAUAUUCAUGGAGCUGAGGACCUCUCUGAAGGAGUUGCCUGGGGCUUCCUUUUGUCUUCCUUCAGCUUUUGUGCAAGGAACUUUUUCAUUCAUCACUCAAACACUUGCACUACUUCCUUUGGAAAACUCUCUCUUUCUUAACGUUAACCAUAGCUCCUACUUUGGGAUGUUUUUGUUUUUCUCUUCUUUCUGGUCCUCUCUGUUUUUUGUCCUCAUGAUGUUUUAGGUCUGGAGCCUCUUUCUUUGUUUUGUUUUGGUUUUUUUGUUGUUGUUUUUGUUUGUUUGUUUGUUUGUUUUUUCAGAGAGCUGCCCUACAGCUUAACCUCUGUGCAAGGCAGCUCCAGCAAAAGCCUUAUGCAGACUCAGGCUCAACCUGUUGGCCCAAAGUGGGGUUGUUUACCUGGCGUGCAGAUGCCAAUAUUUGGGACAACAAACCUGCUCACCUUGUUACCACACCUCACCAUCCAUUCCUUCUGUAUCCUACAAACACAUCUGUUUUAGCCAAAUUUUGAUCAUGGAACUUCUUUAUUUGAACUUCUUUAUUCAAGUAUUUCUGGCCAACACUUCCCUAUCACAAGGUGGUAACCAAAACCUUGAACUCAGAGCAAAUCUCUUUUGCUGUACUGCAUGCCUGAGCUCCAGGAGGCUCAGAAAACCUUCAUUUCACAGGGCUGAAGGAAACUUCUUGGGUGUGGGAAAUUUUUGAAUGUAUAACCCUCCCAGUAUUGAUCCCUUCACCAAAAGCUGAGAUGCUCUUUGAAGGACGAAUGGGGCAGCAGUGGCUGGAAUGCAUGUAAAUGCAUAGGGACCUAAAGAAAAUGGCUGUAGAGGCUUUGAAAAUAAUAAUAAAAAGCCAGUUUAACUCUCGAGUCAACCAUGGCUUAUGGAGUUGGCAAUCAGAGGAGAAGGGAAGCAGCUAAGCUGUCUGGGUGAUUUCUGCUGUUGGCUGUUGAAGGUGGCUGCUGUCUGUCUGCAAGCGUGCUUGCUUUGGUCUCUGGUUUUUUUCUGUUUUCUGAAAAACUGGCAUUAGUUGGGACAAGCAGAUGUUCCUCCUGCCAAACUGUCUGUUUUUUGCUGAAGUCCAGAUGGGAGAUGGGUGGUGGGUGCAGUGGUGCCUCUACUAAUGGGUCUUCCCCUGCGGCUACAGUGAGGGGUGCUUCUUGGGAGGGCAGAAGCUGCUGGAGUUUUAACCUCCACAUUUACUUGGUGUGCCUGGAGCUGCAGACCCUGUUUCCAUUAGAGCUCACUGUCCUGGGGACAUGGAUGUACAGGAGGUGAGUGAAGAGGAGGGCUGGAUCAGGUCGAUCCUUGUUACAGCUCUUCUCGAGCCCAGAUACUUCACUAGGUGCUGACCCACAGCCAUUGCAAUGGGAUUCCAGAUGAGGGCAAAACCAGCCAAAACCUCUGCUGAACUGCACCUUCACUGUGCAUUUCCAGGAGUCUCACGGUGGAUUUGCAAGGGGGUGUCUCAGAUCUAUAGGCCAGCAUACAUUGACACCAAGAUGUUCUCUACCCAAACCAUCUACCUCCUGACAUUUCAGAGGGACAAAUCCUGAGCAGGCCCAGCCUCGUCCACACCAGGGGUUUCUCCUCUGCUGUCUAUGGGGGCAAACCCCUGCAAGACACCAGCCCUGUCUCAAGGACUUGCUCUUCCUUCACCAGUGUCUGCAGCAUUACUUGCAUGAUGCUAAAGGUGGUGAAACAGGAAGCCUGCAGGAGCAGAUUUGCUGCUAUCUAUAUAACCUCUGAGAGGCGCCUGGAAAAUACUGUCAGGGCCACAUCUGAAUCAGCCUAAAAAUCCCCGGCUGGAAGAGGAGGGAGCGCCUCGGCGGGGGGAGGAGGGAAGGAGCUGUUUGGCCUCCUGUCUCCAUGGGAUCCCCUACACACACACACACACACUACGUGUGGUGUGACUGGGCUGGUGAAUAUUUCCAGCUACAUUUCCACCUGCUUUUCCCUCAGACUGGUGGAGAUACAGAUCUGGGGCAUCCCACAGCAGACGUGGGGGAUCACCUUCCUUGUUGGUAGCUUGGGGCUGCUCCCUCAUGCUCUGCUGCCUCUCCCCAGCCCUUG